GAUGGUCAUUCGGAUUAUUCAAGUUACUCGACAUUGUACCAGUUUAUCAGCAUCAAACUGCUAUUUAAGUGCAGCACAAUUAUUCGCAGCUGCAUUUUAACAGUAGUUCAAUACUGGUGCAAUAGGUGACUGUUUAAAAUUUAAAAAAUAAUAAUUCAAACCGCUUUAAAAUUCCAUUACAUUUGAGUAUUUUGCUCAUCGUUGCUAGUGUUGAACAAUAAAAUGAUAUCGAAGAUUUUUAUCAUUACCUUGGUUGUUGGGAUCGCCAGCGCCAAGACAAUAAUAGGCCAGCUUCCUCCCAAGCCUGCAGCACUAGCUGACAAAGAAGGUUGUUACAUUAAAGAAAUAAAUGACGUUAUACCUUUUGGUGAUUCAGUUGUUCCUCUUGAUAGUUGUCACAGAAUCUAUUGUGGAAGGGUGUUGUUUUAUGCAUCAUGCCGUACAAUUGAGACCGAUGAUCCCACCUGUCAUAUUGCUGAUGGAGACCUGAGUAGACCCUACCCACACUGCUGUCCACACCUCAAGUGUGACGCUCACGACGACUUUAUUCCUUUAAUUUAAACACAUAAAUAUUAAAAAAUCUUUAGAAGUAAA